AAAGUACAGCAGAUCUCAAUACCCUUGACGUAGUUUAAGUUCCACUGUUUUAACCUCGACCAUAAUGACUGGGUCGUGGUGGUUUUAUAGCUUUAUAUGGAACUCCUCAAUUACAAUUAGGGCAUUUAGCAGACGCUUUUAUCCAAAGCGACUUACAUGGUUAAUACACACAUUGACACACCGACGGCAGAGUCAACCAUGCAAGGUGACAGCCAGCUCGUCAGGAGCAGUUAAGGUUAAGUGUCUCGCUCAGGGACACAACGACACUGGAGGAGCUGGGGAUCGAACUAGCAACCCUUUUGGUUUCAAGAGAACUGCUCUACCUCCUGAGCUAAGUCCGACAUUUUCAACACAAACAUUUGCUCUGUCUUAUCUUAUCAGAUGACACAGAUUAUGGGUGUGUUCUGGUGAAGCCCAGCCUUGACCCAAUCAUCGUUUUAGGUGUAGUUAGCUGUAUUCAAAGCCUCCUUCCUCAUUCGAUCUGUUUUCACUAAGGAGCCCAGCAGCUCAAUCUUUAUUCUCAGAACCUUUAGAACCGUGUUAAUGUUCUGUCUCGGUUCUAAACACUUCCUUUGUGUUUUGGCCAACACCUGAAUCUCUUUCUUCAACGGAUCUUACUUUCCAUCCUUUUGUGCUUUUAUAUUUUCAUACGACACGGGCAGCACACAUUUUCACCACAGAGAAGAUAAGGCCUCCAGUCUACUAUGGAUGAGGAGAGAGAGGAGGGGGGUCCUACCUCUAGGACCACUCUGUCUGGGGAAGAUGGCCGCCGGAGCAAAGCUAAGAGCCCAGAGCAGCAGGAUAGAGCAGACUCCCCUGGACCCAGCUGUGUCUCCAUGAAGAGUGACUGGUCUAUGGAUAAUCCUCUUAGCUUUAAAGAUGGACGCCCCUCCAGAGAGGAGAGAAAACCCCACCAGAGGUCAAAGGUUACCAGUGCUCAGUCUGUACAGCAGCAUCAAACAGAGCUGAUCAAGAGGGCUGAGGAGAACGCACAUGUUUUCCUAGACAAGGAGCUGAAGAAGCUCUGGAGGGAACUCUUCUCAGAUUACCCACAAUGCUCAGAGAGUCAGAGGGAGGAGGAGGAGGUGGAUGGUAAGAAGGAGGAGCAGAGGAGGCGCGCCACAGAGGGAGUGGUGGACAUCACAAAGCUCUGCCUGAUGGAGAUGAACCAGGAGGAACUGGCCGACACACUGGGGGACAGAUCUACUGCUGUCGAGUGCCAACACAAAUUUAAGUCUCUUUUGAAGAAGAAAUUCAAGUGUGUGUCUGAGGGAAUCGCUAAAGCAGGACAGCCCACAGGCCUGAAUGACUUCUACACAGAGCUCUUCAUCACAGAGAGAGGCAGUGGAGAGGUCAACAAGGAACACGAGGUCAGACUGAUUGAAACAGCUUCCAGGACACCGGCCAAGGAGGAAACACCCAUAAAAUGUGAAGACAUCUUUAAACCCUUACCUGAUCAAGAUCAUCCAAUCAGAACAAUCAUGACAACUGGAGUGGCCGGCAUUGGUAAAACCGUCUUAACAAACAAGUUCACUCUGGACUGGGCUGAAGACAAAGCCAACCACGACAUACACUUUACAUUUCUCUUAACUUUCAGAGAGCUGAAUUUGCUGAAAGGGAAAAAGUUUAGCUUGGUGGAACUUCUUCAUCACUUCUUUAUUGAGACCAAAGAUGCAGGAAUUUGCAGAUUUGACCGGUUCCAAGUUGUCUUCAUCUUGGAUGGUCUGGAUGAGAGUCGACUUUCUCUGGACUUCCAGAACAACCAGACCUGGACUGAUGUCACAAAGCCGAUCUCGGUGGACGUGCUGCUGACAAACCUCAUCAGGGGCGACCUGCUUCCCUACGCUCGCAUCUGGAUAACCACACGCCCUGCAGCAGCCAAUCUGAUUCCUGCUGAGUGUGUUGACAUGGUGACGGAGGUGAGAGGGUUCACCGACCAACAGAAGGAGGAGUACUUCAGGAAGAGAUUCAGAGAGGAGAAGCUGGCCAGCACAAUCAUCUCCCACGUCAAGAAAUCAAGAAGCCUCCACAUCAUGUGCCACAUCCCAGUCUUCUGUUGGAUCACUGCUACAGUUCUGGAGGACAUCUUCAAAACAUCUAAGAUAGGAGAAGAGGUGCCCAAGACCGUGACUCAGUUGUACAGCCACUUCCUGAGGGUUCAGUCAAUACAGGGGGACAGGAAGUAUCAUGGGAGAGCUGAAACAGAUCCACACUGGAGUUCAGAGAGCAGGAAGAUCAUUGUUUCUCUGGGAAAACUGGCUUUUAACCAGCUGGAUAAAGGCAACCUGAUCUUCUACGAGGCUGACCUGACAGAGUGUGACAUCAAUAUCAAAUCAGCUUCAGAGUACACAGGAGUGUUCACCCAGAUCUUUAAAGAGGAGUGUGGGAUGUACCAGGACAGGGUGUUCUGCUUUGUCCAUCUGAGCAUCCAGGAGUUUCUGGCCGCCCUUUACGUCUUUCUGUCCUUCAUCAACAAGGGGGUCAAUCGGCUCUCAGAAGAAGCACCAACCUCUGGUGAAGAUAAACUCCUCCACCUCUACCAGCUUGCUGUGGACAAGGCCUUAGAGAGUGAGAACGGACACCUGGACUUGUUCCUCCGCUUCCUCCUGGGCCUCUCUCUGGAAACCAAUCAGAUUGUCCUACGAGGUCUGCUGGCACAGAAAAAAAGUAGAUCAAUGAUCACUAAGAUUAAGAAAGGUCUGCUGGGACAGACAGGAACUACCUCACUGACCAAUAAGGAUACUUACAUCACAUUAGUGUCUCACAUCAAGAUGAAGAUAAAUGGAGUUCUCUCUCCAGAGAGAAGCCUCAACCUGUUCCACUGUCUAAAUGAGCUGAACGACCAUUCUCUAUUGAAGGAGAUCCAACAGUACCUGACAUCAGGAAGUCUCUCAAGAAAAUCUCUCUCCCCUGCUCAGUGGUCAGCUCUGGUCUUCAUCCUACUGACAUCAGAAGAGGAGCUGGACGUGUUUGACCUGAAGAAAUACUCUGCUUCAGAGGAGGGUCUUCUGAGGCUGCUGCCAGUGGUCAAAGCCUCCAAAACAUCUCUGUUAAAUGGCUGUGAGCUGUCAGAGAGAUGCUGUGAAGAUCUGGCCUCAGUUCUCAGCUCCAACUCCUCUAGUCUGAGAGAGCUGGACCUGUGUAGCAAUGAUCUGCAGGAUUCAGGAGUGAAGCUACUCUCUGCUGGACUGGGGAGUCCACACUGUACACUGGAAACUCUCAGGUUAAAUGACUGUGAGCUGUCAGAGAGAUGCUGUGAAGCUCUGGCCUCAGUUUUCAGCUCCAACUCCUCUAGUCUGAGAGACCUGGACCUGAGUACCAAUGAUCUGCAGGAUUCAGGAGUGAAGCUGCUCUCUGCUGGACUGGGGAGUCCGCACUGCACACUGGAAACUCUCAGGUUAAAUGGCUGUAAUUUGUCAAAGAGAAGCUGUGAAGAUCUGGCCUCAGUUCUCAGCUCCAACUCCUCUAGUCUGAGAGAGAUGGACCUAAGUACCAAUGAUCUGCAGGAUUCAGGAGUGAAGCUGCUCUCUGCUGGACUGGGGAGUCCACACUGCACACUGGAAACUCUCAGGUUAAAUGGCUGUAAGCUGUCAGAGAGAUGCUGUGAAGCUCUGGCCUCAGUUCUCAGCUCCAACUCCUCUAGUCUGAGAGAGCUGGACCUGAGUACCAAUGAUCUGCAGGAUUCAGGAGUGAAGCUGCUCUCUGCUGGACUAGGGAGUCCACACUGUAAACUGGAAAUUCUCAGGUUGUCUGGCUGCCUAGUCACACAGGAAGGCUGUGCUUCUCUGGCCUCAGCUCUGAGCUCCAACCCCUCCCAUCUGAGAGAGCUGGAGCUGAGCUACAAUCACCCAGGAGACUCAGGAGGUGCGCUGCUCUCUGCUGGACUGGAGGAUCCACGCUGGAGACUGGAUACUCUCAGUGUGGAGCACGGUGGAGUGUGGAGGCUGAAACCAGUUCCACAGAGGUAUGCCUGUGAACUCACACUGGACCCAAACACGGCCAACAGAUACCUCUCUCUGUCUAAGGACAACAGAAAGGUGACGUGGGUAAGAGUGGACCAGUCGUAUCCGGAUCACCCAGAGAGAUUUGACUCCUGGCUCCAGGUGUUGGUUAGAGAGGCUCUGACUGGCCGCUGUUACUGGGAGGUAGAGAGGGAAGGAGUUGUUGAUAUAGGAGUGACAUACAGAGGAAUCACAAGGAGAGGACGGGGUGGUGACAGCUGGCUUGGACGGAACAACAAGUCCUGGAGUCUUUAUUGUGAGGAUGAAAGUUACUCUGCCUGGUACAACGGUAGUGUAACAGACCUCCCUCCCCCCCCCGCUGGCUCCACCAGAGUAGGAGUGUAUCUUGACCGGCCUGCUGGCUCUCUUUCCUUCUACAGAGUGUCCCCAGGUGGAGGAGGGUCCUCAGACACACUGACACACCUCCACACCUUCUGGUCCUCCUUCACCCAGGAGGACCUCCUCCCUGGGUUAAGGGUAUGGGGGGGUCAGCGGGGUGCCUCAGCGUCUCUGUGUCCGUUGUAAAAAAAAAAAACACACACACACACACACACACACACACACACACACACACACACACACACACACACACACACACACACACACACACACAUACACACACACACACUAACACACAUACACACACACACACACACACACACACAGGGCUCUGAAGUCUCAUGCAUUCAGCGUGAGACACACGCACUUCAACCCCUGCACACGCUCACACGCCACACUUCGUAUUUCUCACGCAGAGAAAUUACCAGGAUAGCGCCCACCAAUUUCUGCCGCUAUUUAACAGUGGAACAGGUAGGAAUCAAAUGGGUUUCCCGUACGUAGGGUAACCAAACGUCCUCUUGUGCCCGGACAUGCCUUCUUUUUGAGACACAAAAAUGUGUCUGAGCGGAAUUUCUAAAUCGUCCGGGAUUUUAUUAAAGCCUCAUACAUGUUCACAUUGAAUAUUUACGUUUCUCUGGAUCGUUCACAAACUAGUUAGGCUCUGCCCUCCCCUAUUCAGUUCUGUUCACUUUGCAUUGGUGGAAGUGAGAAGGGGGAGUGGUUAGGUAGAGCCUUCAGAUUGGACGGUUUGACUUUAGAGUUACCGUCAUGUUUUGUAUAUUUUUAUUUACCAUUAUUGUUUUAUAGGGACAACAUUAACACAUUUCUCCUACAGGGGAUUGUUGAAGUUCUAUCUAUUGAGCAGAAAGAAACAUUUGGUCAUACUUUGCACACUUUACCACAGCAUUGGUGUACUGAAUGCCACAGAUAUAUUUUAAGCAUUGGACUGAAUGCCACAUAAAUAUAUAAUUAUGUUUUUACAACGUUUAAAACGUAAUCUCACUCUGAACUCAGUUCAAAACUUUAGAGCCCUGGACAAACAUACAAACACACAUACUCUCUCUCUUCUUUCUCUUUCCCGCUGUCUGUCUCUCUUCGUUUCUCUCUAUCUAUCUCUUGUUUUCUAUCUCCGGCUCCCUCUUGUUCUCUCUCUCUUUUCUUUCACUCUCUCUCUCUCUGUCUCUCUGUCUCCAUCUCUCUUUUCAUCCUCGUUCUCACUGUGUGUCUCUGUGUCUCCCUCUCUCUCUUUUUCUUUCCCUCUCCCUCUCUCUUCUGGAAAGUAUGGGAUGAUAAACCAUGAAAAGAUUUUUAAGAUCUUCCAUAUUUAGAUAAGCACAUUCAUUAUUUGAAAUAUAUAUAAAAUACCUAUUGAUGCUAAAUGUUUGUAUAUUUUUAGACGUCACCAGGUCUGGUGUUAAGGGCUCUGAUAUCAUAAUUUUGGUUAUAAUCCCAACAAGGAACCUGAUUUAAAGCAGAUGUUAUAACUAUUUGUAAUAACCAAGAGGUUUAUGGGAUAAUGUUGCAUGUUGUAAAAUACUUUAAGCUGAGUCUUGAUUUUUUGUGUUCUGUUUGGAACCAAACGGCCGCAGAAUAUGUUCAGCAGUGAUGGGAAUAACGGCGUUAUAAAUAACAGCGUUACUAACAGCGUUACUUUUUCAGUAACGAGCAAUCUAAUGGAUUACUCUUCCCAUCAUUAUAGCGGUGUUACCGUUACAUCCAAAAAAUGUGGCGCGUUACUAUAAUUGAAGCAGUUUUUUCAUCAGACCCACUAGAUCUCGCUCUAUCUCUUUACUGGUCUUCCUUGGUUAGAGGGUGGGUACGAGACAAUCGCAUUAAUGAUAACGAUUGUCUGAGGUAGAGUAACAUGUCACGGUAAGCCAAUCAGAGGUAGAGUUUGGCGGGUGUUGUUUAAACAUAUUCGAAAGCACGCUCAGUCAGACAGACAACGACACAAGUGAGUCAACGUGAAACAGGAAUGGCGAGCCCAAAUAAUCCUAAAACAGCCUUCUUUAAAUGGAAGUAUAGUAUAGACAUUACUUUUCCCUCCAAGAAAUUAAAGGAACGAGUGUAAUCGUGAAAUGCACAUUAUGCCACGUCGGUGUCAAGUAAUUCAAACAUUGUUCAAAGUUGCAUGCUUCCGUGCAUUCCAUGCUUCCGUGCAUUAAACAUGAAAUUGUAUUUUGAGUUCCAUUAACAAGGGGUGGGGGUGGACGUGGGGUCCAAAUUAUUUGACACAUUUGAUCAUUUAAAAAAAUGUAAUUGAAAGUAACGCAAUAGUUACCUACCACAGUAACUAGUUACUUUCAUAAUUUGUAACGGAGUAACUACUUUAGUUACUUUUUGGGAGAAGUAACUAGUCACUGUAACUUUUUUUUUUUUUUUAAUAACUUGCCCAACACUGAUGUUCAGUUAUUAAAGAUAUGUGCACACCUGUUGAUGAUUUGUAAUGUCUGCUGCUUUUAUUGUUUUAGUCCUUGUGUUUAUUGUGACUAUUUUUCUGUUGUUUUUGUUAAUGAGGCAUAAUUGUAAUAAACAGCUCAAUGGAUCCAACUGAAUGUUCUUGUGUGUUCAGCCGAUGAUCAUUCUCGUUUUAUUAGUAAAUAAUGCCACAUUUUGCUUGAUAAUAUGAUAGAGUUUCAAAAGAAAUAAUGGGAAAAAAACAAAAACCAAAAACCAACAUGGA